CGCCUCCGGCCGCGGGGGCUGCUGGGCCGGGGCCCAGCUCCGGCCUUGAAAUAGCGGACGAGUGCAGGCAGCUGCACUGCCUCAGGGAGUCGAGGAGUGAGUUCGUGGAUCGUGGCGAUCGUGGCGGGCCGUCGCAGACCCUGCCGGAACCUCACGGAAUAGGCUUCUACAAUGGCUGAGAAUGGUGACAGUGAAAAAAUGACUGAUCUGGAGUCCAAAAUUUGCCAACAAAUUGAGUACUAUUUUGGUGACUUUAACCUUCCACGAGACAAAUUUUUAAAGGAACAGAUCAAAAUAGAUGAUGGCUGGGUACCUUUGGAGAUAAUGAUCAAAUUCAACAGAUUGAGCAAACUAACAAAAGACUUCGAUGUGAUAAGAAGUGCUCUGAAGAAAUCAAAGGCAGAACUCAUGGAAGUUAGUGAGGAUAAAACUAAAAUCAGAAGAUCGCCAAACAAACCCCUCCCUGAAGUAACAGAUGAAUAUAAAAAUGAAGUAAAAAACAGAUCCAUCUAUGUUAAAGGUUUUCCAACAGAUGCAACCCUUGAUGACAUAAAAGAAUGGUUAGAGGGCAAAGGUCAAGUACAAAAUAUUCAAAUGAGGAGAACAUUACAUAAAGCAUUUAAGGGAUCAAUAUUUGCUGUGUUUGAUAGUGUUGAAUCUGCCAAGAAGUUUAUAGAAACCCCUGGACAGAAAUACAAAGAUACAGAGCUGCUGAUACUCUUUAAGGAAGAUUACUUUGCAAAAAAGAAUGAAGAACGGAAGCAAAAUAAAGUAGAGGCUAAGGCAAAAGCUAAACAAGAGCAAGAAGAAAAACAGAGGCAAGCAGAAGAUGCUGAAUUGAAAUCCCUGGAUGAAAAGAUUGGAUGCUUGCUGAAAUUUUCUGGUGAUUUAGAUGAUCAAACCUGUAGAGAAGAUCUUCACACACUUUUCUCUAAUCAUGGAGAAAUAAAGUGGAUAGACUUCAUCAGAGGAGCAAAAGAGGGAAUAAUCCUAUUUAAAGAAAAGGCAAAAGAAGCACUGGACAAAGCCAAUGAAGCAAAUAAUGGAAACUUAAAAUUAAGAAACAAAGAUGUAACAUGGGAAGUAUUAGAAGGAGAGACAGAGAAAGAAGCUUUGAAAAAAAUCAUUGAAGACCAACAGGAAUCCCUAAAUAAGUUGAAGUCGAAAGGUCGCAAAUUUAAAGGAAAAGGAAGAGGAGGUGGUAAAGCUGUUCAGGGUACACCCAAUAAAGGAAAAAUACAAUUCCAGGGCAAAAAAACAAAAUUUGAUAGCGAUGAAGAACAGGAAAAUGGUGAUGCUGGAGGAUCCCUUAAAAGGUCACGAGAAGAAGCUGAAAAAGAAGAACCUGCACCAAAACAGUUGAAAACAGAAAAUGGAGCUGGAGACCAGUAGCUUGAUACAAAAAUUUUUAUUCAUUUUAAAUAAGUUUUAAGCUGUUUCAGAUUGGGGGGGGGGUGUCUUUAAAAAGAAAACCGAAUUAAAUCCACUUCAAUGUCCACCUAUAAUAGAAGGAAAGACUAUUUUUGUUUAACUUGUUUUUGUUGUCCAGGUAUCCUUACUUAAUCUGGAUGGUGUUUUUUUUAUAUGUAUAGUUUUGUUCAUGACAUAUGUUGACAUUUCAGACAUUGAUCUGAACAUCAAAAGAAAGGUUCUUUUGGUGAAGCCUGGCUCUGUAAUGUUGGAAAUACCAACAAAUAAAAUGUAUACCAUAUAAAAGGUAAAAGUGUCUUAA